AUGUCUACCAAAAGUUCGUCUCAAAACCCUUCGAAUGAUACAGAGUCUACUACUGCAGCAAUCUUUGAACAGUUCAAAGUUUAUUUCGAUCAAAAGCUUGAGAAUUUGUCAUCUGGCUUUAAGGCAACGUCAGAAUCACAAGCUCAAAAGCUACAACGGCAAGCCGAAGGUGCCAAUUUGAAAUUUCCCGGCAACCGCAACCAAUUUUUAUUCGACAACCAAGUGCAAGAUCUCUUGAACGAAACGAGGAGCGUCUUGCAAAAGGGCGAUACAGAUUCAGUUUUGAAAUCAAUUGACAAUGCUACCAAGCUUAUAACUCAGAGACAAAGAAGAUCAA